AUGGCUUUUUCUAAGCUUCUACUUUCAUCUCUUUUGCUAUCUUUUCUCAUUCUCCAUCUUGUUCAUGCUCAACAGGAACCAAAAGUACACUCCCAAACUCAGGUUUCUCCUCAGCAGCAGAUAGAUUGCAAUGGAGCAUGUGCUGCGAGAUGCCGUUUAGCAUCUCGGCAGCGCCUCUGCCAUCGGGCAUGUGGAACUUGCUGCAGGCGCUGCAACUGCGUGCCACCGGGAACUUCCGGUGGCCAGGAAGUGUGUCCAUGCUAUGCCAACCAAACCACCCACGGAGGCAGACGCAAGUGUCCUUGA